AUGACAGAGCAGAGUUUGAAGGAGGGAUGGAGGUGUGGGGGGAGGCGGACAGAGAGUCUGAGUGAAGGCGGACAGAGACCGCCUGGAGAGCCUCUAACAGGGAUCCGCAGAUGGCCGACAGGCGCCAUCUCAGGAGGGAAGGAGCAGGAGGUGGCGUGUGUGGGUUGGAAAAUCAAGAUGAAGAGAAAUGGUGAUUUCAGGAGAGAGGCCCGAGUCAGCGGGGACAGCUCCGAGACAGUUCCCACAGAGAUGGAACAGCACUUCCAAUUUGAAGUGGGGAAAUAA